ACGUGCUCUCCCGGGUCCUGGCUUCCAAGAUGACCAAAAAAAGAAGGAAUAAUGGUCGUGUGAAAAAGGGCCGCGGGCAUGUGCAGCCUAUUCGUUGCUCCAACUAUGCCAGGUGUGUGCCCAAGGACAAGGCCAUUAAGAAGUUCAUCAUUGGAAACAUCGUGGAGGCCGCAGCCGUCAGGGACAUUUCCAAAGCAAGUGUUUUGGACGCGUAUGUGCUUCCCAAGCUGUAUGUGAAGCUGCAUGACUCUGUGAGUUGUGCCAUUCACAGCAAGGUAGUCGGGAAUCGAUCUUCUGAAGGCCGGAAGGACCGGACAUCCCCACCUCGUUUUAGACCUGUCGGUGCUGCCCCACGACCUCCACCAAAGCCCAUGUAAGGAACUGCAUCCUUAAUGAGUGAAGAAACGCUAUCUUCUGGAAAAAAAUAAAAUGGAAACUAUAAU